AUGGCCGGGCUCGUCUUCUGCAACUCCUGCCUGUGCGAGCCCCGCAACCCCACGCCGCGGUUCUGCCUCACCAGCUGCGGCCACGUUUUCUGUGAGGUUUGCCUGCAGAAAGGCAAAAAAGAUGAAUGUUUGGUCUGUAGGAGGGCUUGUCGUACCUUAGUCCUUUCAAAAGAGACAAGUCCUGAUAUUCAAUCACUGUUCAUGCCAAUAGAUGUGUUGAGCAAGAAAUAUUCAAAAGAAAUAUCACAGGUUUCAGAAUUUCAAGAAAAGUAUCGUAAGCGAUUAUUAAAAUACCACAAACAAAAGAUAGCAAAGCUGGAAGAGUCUCUCAAGAAAGUAACACAACAAAUUCAACAGAUACAACGUAUGAAACCUCCUGAAAAAACUACACCACUGCCAUUUUCCAGUACGAGCAGAAAUCCAUCCAUUCCUUCCAGAAAACAGAAUGUUUUUUCUUCAUAUUCUCUUCAUUCAAGUCGUCCUUCCACUUCUGAAACGAUGGAGGCAAUGGAGAUUGAUCCUGUACCUUCACCAAUGAGGAGACUGGAGACACCAACUGGUCCAACAAGACUAUCAGUAAUAACUCCACCACAGGAUGGACGUAUGGGGAGUGUAUCCUACAGGAGUUCUCAGAUAGCUCUAAUAAAGCCAAGUCAGAGUAUUGGAACAGGAUCUACAAGAUCCACCCCUUUGGUGAGAUUACCACAGAGUUCUUGUCCAUCAUCAUCUGGAUCCCAGAGCAGUCAAAGGGGAUCAUGGGCUAAUUCUGAUUUCAGAACCCCUCAGCUGUAUCCAUUUACAUCACCUUCCCCACAGCUGCCUCUGUCAAGGCAGCCAAUCACCCUCUCUGGACUUCUGCAAAGACAACAGGGAUCAACUAAUUUAGGAGGACGUUCAGCAGAGAGAUGAGCAAACAUCUGUGAAUUGUUUUGGUUAAGAAGCAUUUGGAGAAGCACUGCAUAGUCUCUGGAUAUCAAAGUAUUUGUAGCUUCCAUGAUAUGCCAAAUUGGCACAGACCAGCAAGUUAUUCAGCAUGAAUACUGUAUUUAAAACAUCGCUGAUCUUUCUGAUUAACAUCUACUGAAAUUUUAGAUAGGAGUACAAAAUUUUCUUGUUUUUUGAAAUUCUGGCUUCAAAUAUAUUGCAUAAAUAAAAGUCCUUCCUUACCUAAGUGUUAAGGCAAAACGUGA